UUACCAUGCCGUAAAGCGCCUCGUCCGACCUGCCAGUGAAGAGAGAGACAGAAGGCCUUAAAGCUUAUAAAUUCAUAGACGAUGAGAGCAGGGUUAUCAAAACGCACUUUCAUUUCAUAGACAGUGUUAUCGUCUUCCUCACGAUGAUCAUAGAGCAUGUGGAAGCCUUGAAGUCGUGGCUGGCAAAACUCCUGGAGCCGAUAUGUGAUGCUGACCCCUCUGCAUUAGCCAACUAUGUGGUUGCUCUUGUGAAGAAGGACAAACCGGAGAAGGAGCUGAAAGCACUCUGUGCCGAUCAGCUUGACGUCUUCCUACAAAAAGAGACGACAGGAUUUGUGGAUAAACUAUUUGAAUGUCUGACAACAAAGAACUACCUGGGAAGUCCUGCUGCCAAGGAGGGUCCUAAAGAGGAGGUCAAACCGCCUACAGUGAAGACAGACGUUGUGGAGGUUGAAACUCAAGAGGAGGAGAGAGAAAACAGGUGGAGGAGAAGUCCUCUGAGAAAUCGCCCUGACUUCAAUGAGUCCAGGAAUCGAGAUGACAGGAGACGAGAUGAGCGCAAGCGCCGCGACUUCGAUCGGUACGGGAAGAGCAGCAGCGACUCCCACCGCGAGCGAGAGCGGCACGAGCGUCGCAGGGGCAGCCCCCGGGGGAGGAGCUACAGCCGCAGCCGGAGCCGGAGUGGCAGCCGAGGAAAGAGCAGGGACAAGGAACACAGAGGAGGCAGAGAUUUUAAGUCAAAGUUUGAGGUGGAAAGAAAGGAUAACGACGGCUACAACUCUUCAACCACGUCCGGCCCCCAGCAGCAGCAGCAGCAGCAGCAACACCAGCACCAGCAGCAGCAGCACCAGCAGCACCCUCCGCCCCUCCUGCCCCUGCCCACACCUCCACACCCCUUCUCCUCCUCGUCCUCGUCGUCCGCCGGAGGCGUUCCUGUAGCAACACUGGCUCACCUGCCCGAUAGCACGACAGACAGCUGGUCUGGCUACUAUGGCAACCAGAGGCGAGAUGUUGUCGGGAAGCCGUUCAACAGCAACAAGGUUGUUUCACUCAAACAGCGUUGCAGGGAUUACGAUGAAAAAGGAUUUUGCGUCCGCGGUGACCUCUGUCCAUUCGACCACGGCAACGACCCUCUCAUCGUGGACGAUGUCAAUCUACCAAAUAUGAUUCCAUUCCCGCCACCGCCUGUAAUGCCCCCCGCCGGCCUGCCCAUGCCCCCGAUCACCGAGCCGCCCCCUUCCCUCAGGAUACCGCCGAUGCCACCUUAUGGCCAGCCGGCACCACCGGGCGUCUUUCCCAUAAGUAGACCCCCACUGAUAGCAACUAGUGGGAUCGAUACCCCCAACCACCAAUCUGCAAUCACUUCCUCUCCUCCUAUUGGACCGCCUGGCGUGGGGCUGCCGCCUACUCUUCCUCCUCCUCCUCUUCCUCCACCUCCUCCUUCGUCCUCAUCUGUGUCUCUUCAUCCUCAAUAUGUCCAGUCUGAAUAUAACUACGAUCCAGAGGGCUACAACCCAGAAUCCCCAGCCCUGACCACAGCAGGCCGUAACCAGUACCGUCAGUUCAUUCCCCGCGUGCAGACCCAGCGCUCCAACCUCAUCGGCCUCACCUCCAACGAAGGACAAGGGUCCAGAGCUGCAAACAUAGUGAUCCAGACGGAGCCGGUCACUGCAGCCAGCACUCCUGGAAGUAACGUGUCCCGUUUCAACUCGGAGCAGGACAGCAGGAAGAGAAUCAUGGGACACAGUACAGCUGAGGGACCAGUGCCUAAAAAACCCUGGAUAGAAAAGACAAACUUCAACAACCAACAUAAGGGCAUUUUUCCCAAGAGGAAUCACUACAUGAACACCAAGCUGGAGGUUCGCAAGAUCCCCCGAGAGCUCAACAACAUCACCAAGCUCAAUGAGCACUUCAGCAAGUUCGGAACCAUCGUCAACAUACAGGUUGUGUUUGGUGGAGACCCAGAGGCGGCGUUGAUUCAGUACACGAAAAACGAAGAGGCCAGGCGGGCCAUUUCCAGCAUCGAAGCCGUCCUCAACAACCGCUUCAUCCGAGUGUACUGGCACCGUGAGUGCGGCGUCAACGCCACAGGGCUUCAGCAGCAGGAGCAGAGCUCGGGGAGCCUGGCGGCUGGAUUAGCCCCCAGCCAGGGGCUACAGCACAGCAACGUGCACAAGGGAAUUAAACAGCACAGUCCAGCUGCAUAUGUUUUGAACAACACUGUACCAAAGCAUCGCCUGCCAGCAGCGGCUGGCAACACAGCUGCAACCAGGACGGACAGUCUGAACCCAAACACGGAUGCCUCCGCAGUGGCGCCUGCGCUGACAAACACCCAGAAGAGCCCCUACACUUCUACAGCCCUCAAGUCGUCCUCAAAGAGCCUUGGGAAAACGGGAAAAGCACUAGAAGCACAGGAAGUCCACAAGAAGAAACAGGAGGCAUUAAAACUCCAGCAGGACAUGAGAAAGAAGAAGCAAGAGAUGCUACAGACACAGAUCGAAUGUCAGAAGACCUUGAUAAACCGCCUGGAGAAGAACCGAGGGAUGAAACCUGAGGACAGAGCCAAAAUCAUGAAGACCCUGAAGGACCUGACAGACAAAAUCACCCAACUGCAGAACGAGAUGAAUCCAGCCUCCCAGGUCUCCAGCACCAAAUCCAACCACAGUCAGACAAAGACCAAGACCGAUGCCCAGAAGGAACUGCUGGAUGCAGAGCUGGACUUUCACCAAAAGAUGAGCUCCGGAGAAGACACGACAGACCUCAAGAGAAAACUGGGGCAGCUACAGGUGGAGGCGACGCGGUUGGGUCUGAUCCGGCCUCCGGCAGGUCGCGGUCGGGGUCGAGGGAAGAUGGCACUCGAGCCCGGUUCGAUGCACGUCGGCCGCGGAAGGGGCCGGAGCCGGGAGAUGAUGGCUCGCGGCGGGACCGUGAACCGCAUGUCGGUCGACCACAGACCCAGAGCCCUGGCCAUCCUGGGGGUCACCAAGGAGGAGAAAGAAGAGCUGAUGCCACACUUUGUGAAAUUUGGGGAGGUUGAGGAUCUCCGUGACCAAGACGCUAACAGUGUCGUCAUGACCUUCAAAACACGAAGCGAAGCAGAGAAUGCAGCUAACCAGGGAGCUAAGUUCAAAGGUCGAGUCCUGCAGAUAUCCUGGUACAAGCCCAAGAUGCCCUCUAUUGCAACGGAGCCGGAGGAGGAAGAGGCUAAAGACGAGGAAAAUAAGAAGGAAGCUAGCUCUUAUUUGCCCGGUGAGGAGGAAGAGGAGGAGGAAGAGGACGACGACGAAGACGACGAGUACGAGAGCCGAUCGUGGAGACGGUGAAGGUGUCGUGAUUCGUCGGCGCCGGCUCUCCGGCAAACUCAGUAGUUCCUUUUCUCUCGCGUGAAGAUAAAAUCAGUUCAACAGAACUUUUUUUUUUUUUUCCUUUCCAGUAUUUUUCAAACUAAGUAAUUUUAGACUCUAAUCAAAGUAAAAAAUAAAAACAAACAUCUUCACUUUAUUGUACGUCAAUAGAAGUUUUAGGGGGCCGAGAGCUUUUUGUGUCCCUCGACUAAACAAUUAUUUAAAACCUCUCACUUUUGCUGAGAAAGAUAAAUGUUAAGUUGUUCUUAUAGAUAGAAAAAUAAACCUAUGUAAGUUUGAGUGUGCAUACCAGAUGAUUAAUAUCAGUAAUGCACAACAUUUGUGUCUACAGUGAAUAGGUAUUUUUAUACAUACUGUAUUUAAGCUCCUUUCUCACUAGUUUUUUGAAAAGAAAAACCCUUGUCCUCCGAUCAGGGACAGCCAUUCCAUCACCAACAGAACGUUCUCUGUCGCCCGCCAGAUAUAUUUAUUUUUUGUACCUAUAUUUGGCACAGUUAUGGUAUGGUUUUCCAUUUCAUUUCAUUUCUCACAUUUUUUUUUUGGCAUGGUCAAAGCCCCAAAAUGUAUAAGGAUCCACAUAUUUUUUUUUGGGGGGGGGGGGACGACACAUCGUGGCAUGAACGCACUCUAGUUUGUGCAUGUUGUAUUCUUAAACAAACAGAAGCCGCUCCUCUCCCAGCAGCAGCCGUGCAGGUACAGUAGGAUUCCAGUGCAAUAGGAAACAAACAAAAAAAAACAAACUAUAAACAAUGUUUACAAAUUGUCAUUUGUCAUUUCCCCACUUCUUGUCCUGCUGUUCACAAUGUCCAGUGCCACUCUGUGUAAAUACAAACACCCCCACGGGCGUUCUACGUUUUCUAAGAGUGUCGAAACAUUCACCUGACAGGACAAGGAUCAGAUCACCUAUUUAAAAAAAAAAAAAAAAUGUGAGAUCCAUUGAUGGGUGUCUAAAUGUAAUACUGAACAGUUGAUUUUGAUAUAUAUCUACAUAUAUAUAUAUAUAUAUUAUUUCUUUGCCUUACACAAUCAGCAGAUGGCUGAAUUUUUACAAGAUUUGUGAUUUACUUUUGUAAAAUUUGUAAAUGAGAAAUUACUGUUUGCUGGGGGUUUUUUUGAGUUUUAUUUUUUUCCUGUCAUUUAAAAGGAAUGGCGAUGGUUCACGUCAGGUCGAGAAGGUUAAGACAAGGGUGCAUGAUGUCUCUGCAUAUUCGCUAAGAUUUUUGCAUUCGUGACCGGUUCCACGCUGCUGUUUCACUGAUUUUGUCAUUUAAAUAGCACAUUUCUCAACAAAAAAAGCAUUCAGAGCUGCUCUGAUGAAAGGCACGAGGGAGGAGGAGGUGAUGUCACGCAUGCACCCCCCACCCCCAACCACAAUAUUAUUUGUACAUUAGUGCAGCUUUGCCGGCAUCUGAAUAUUGUCGGACAAAGUGCAGACACAAUGUGCAUCUUUCACGAGCACAGGUUUUAUUUUUGCCUUCACACAUACUGUACGUUAGGAUCCUUAGGGUGGGAGGAAUUAAAAAAAUAAUUACAUUGCAUUAAAAACAUUGAGCACAUUGUGAAAACACAGGUUUUUGUUAGUUAUUUCUAGUGUCGCCUCCCUCAAACGAAUUUCUAUAUUUACAUGCAGCCUAAUGGAGUUUUGUUUGAAGUAUCAUAACAUCAUAUCCGGUAAAAAAAACAACAAAAAACAGUCAUAUUGAACCACCACAACUUAGGAGAGAUAUUAUUAACUCGUAACAGACUCAGUCAUUUACACAAUCAUGCAGUCAGUAUUUCUGGCAGUAAUUAUUAAUUUCCUCCCACCUUCAGCGACGGCAGUGCUCUCGUUUGGAUUUCAUAUCUCACUGUUGUCGAACCGUUCACGAGCCUCUUGCCAUUAACUUUAUUGUCCCAUUAAAACCUUUUGAGUUCAUAUUCACCAUCACUGUCGGUCAAAGUGAGGUGUUCAGGUGUGCGACGGAAAGCUGAAGCUUUCCACUUUGCACUCACUACUUUAAUAUGACCUGCUCACGUGAUAGGUUUUUAAUUUUUUUCUGACAGUUUUGAAGGACAUACCUCUACUAGCAGGGUUCAUGCUUGUGUGUAUGUGAGGACACAGAGAAGGUCUUUCUCGCUCCCCCCCCACACUUUUUGUACUAUCAACUGAAUGCUACGAUCCCCAACAAUAGUGUAAAAAAUGUAAAAUGUUUAUUGGAUAAUAGUUUUGGAUUUGUUACUGUUUAUAUUUACAGGAUGUGGAUGUAUUUUCUUCUUGUAUUUUGUUUGUAAAAAUGGGAUUUCUAAUUUACGAGCAUGUUUGCUUUUGCCAAUAAAGAUGGAGGAAUGGGGGCGCUUGUAAAGCGAUCAAAAAAAAAAAGAGAAGAAAAAAAAUUACAGUUUCAAUUAGAUCUUGGAGGGGGGAAAAAAGAUUUUGAGUUUUAAAAAAAAAAAAGAAAACUGACCAAAGAACGGAGUCAACAUUGGCAAGGACAAAAAAAAAAUCAAGCAAAAGCAUUCCAGAAAAUAUUACCCUAAAA